AUGUACGUGAGUUACCUUUUGGACAAGGACACCAGCAUGUACCCUAAUUCCGUGAGACACCCGAGCCUCAACCUGAACCCCCAAAACUUUGUACCACCGCCACCACAGUACACGGAUUUCACCGGAUAUCAUCACGUUCCGGGGAUUAACGCCAAUGAUCCCCACCACGGUCAAACGGGGGGUUGGAACCCAGCCUACGCACCAACACGGGAGGAUUGGGCACCCUAUGGGCCAGGGACGGGGCCCACAACCUCGAACCCGGGGCAGCUUAGUUUCAGUCCCCCGGAUUUUUCUCCUGUCCAACCCCCUGGACUUCUUCCACCGUCAAUGAAUUCAUCCGUCGGUCAGCUCUCCCCAAAUUCCCAACGACGGAACCCGUACGACUGGAUGAGGCGGGUCCCUCCAACAAAUUCAGGGGGGAAGACGCGGACGAAAGACAAGUACAGAGUGGUGUACACAGACCACCAGCGCCUGGAGCUGGAGAAGGAGUUUCACUACAGUCGCUACAUCACCAUCCGCAGGAAGGCUGAGCUCGCCACUGCCCUCAGCCUCUCCGAGCGACAGGUGAAAAUCUGGUUCCAGAACAGACGUGCUAAGGAGAGGAAGGUCAACAAGAAGAAGAUGCAGCAACCACAGCAGGCCUCCACCACAACGCCCACCCCACCCAGCAUCAACACGCCCAGCAACGUCGCCAUGGUGACCAGCAGCAGCAACGGGCUUGUAUCACCAUCCAUGCCCAUGUCCAUCAAAGAGGAAUACUAA